AAAAAAACAAACAUUAUUUCAAGAAUCAACUUAAGCAAAGUUCAUUAUAGUCUUUUCAUAAAUAGGCUGCCUUUAACCAAAGUUUGAAACAUACUCAUUUUUCUCCACACACACUUGCUCCAAUGGAUUGGUUCUCAUGGCUCUCAAAAACAGGGCUCGAGCCCACCCUCGUCUACGAGUACGGCCUCUCGUUCGCUCGAAACGAGCUCGAGGAAGGCGACAUCUCCUAUCUCAACCACGAGUUCCUCCAGAGCAUGGGGAUCUCGAUAGCCAAACACCGCCUCGAGAUCCUCAAGCUCGCGAGGAAGGAAAGCGGGAGGCCGGUAUCCCGGAUCCUCAUCGCCAUCAAGAGGACCAAGAGGUGCUUCUCCAAGUACCUCCGCCCGCCGUGGGCCCGGGCCCGCGACGACUCUGCCCUGGCGCUUGUUCCCCUGCGCAGCAGCUACAGCGCCCGAUGGAAGGGCGGUGCGCUGCUGAGGAGGAACAAGAGGAUGGCACUGGCCAGCAGGAGCGGGAACCUGCAGGUUGGUGGCAGGGCGCCGCUCCUGCUGACCAAUGGGAGCCCCAUGUUGUUCCACAGCUCGAGAAUCGAUAGCUUCUCGAGCCCGUGGACGAGCGAUCUCCCCCCUGAGACCGAGGAGGGAGAUCGGAAGGAGGAGGAGGGAGAGGAUUGUGAUGAGUAUUGGUCCCCUGCAGUUGAAGAUAUCAAGUGGGAUGCCAUGUUUCAGAACUUGAAACCUACUUGAAAUUAACGGUUGGUGGCAAUUUCGUGAUAUAUUUUAAUCUUUUGUUAAUUUUGAGUUCAAUUGAGUGGUGAGAAAUUGGUUUUUGGGGCUCUUUCCACCAUUAGAGCUUAAUUGGUUUAGGCAUCUUGGUUAUUUUAGUAUGUAUUGUAUUUUGCUAGGCGUAGAAUGGACUAUCAACAGUCCCAUCCACCAACUGAAAUUCGGUAAAGUGGUUAUGGGUCUACUUAGUAUCUUUACUAAUUUCAAUUGUGUCUUUAAUUUACUCGAACAUGACAUGUUCUCAUAAAGAUGUUUUGCAUA